UCAUCAUCUUCAUUCCAUCACUUUCUCUAUCCCCCUCACCUAACGUUGACACACAUCUAUACACAAUCUCCACUCAACUCAACUCACCAUGUCUACCCCAGACGAAGCUGUCCCGCAGCCCGCCGAAGUCAUGACAAUCGCCACCCCCAUCAACCUCAUCCUGCUCUCCCUCUUCGUCAUCCUCGUCUACCUCCAACUCCGUCCCAAAGCCCCCGUCAGCCUCCCCAAGGGUCCUCCCCCCGUCGUCUUCCGCACCUUCACUCCAACCACUCUCCUCCCCUUCAACGGUGAGAAUGACGCUCCCGUCUACCUCGCUGUCCGUGGUCGUGUCUUCGACGUGACUCCCGGCAGGAACUUUUACGGACCGGGCGGUCCCUACGAGAACUUCGCCGGUCGCGACGCUUCCCGCGGUUUGGCCUGCCAGAGCUUCGACGAGGAAAUGCUCACCAAGGAUCUGAAGGGUCCGUUGGAUGAUCUGAAGGAUCUGGAUAACGAGCAGUUGGAGAAUCUGCAGUCGUGGGAGGAGCGCUUCUCCGAGAAGUAUUUGGUUGUUGGGAAGUUGGUGGCCGAGGGAGAUCCGGAGGCUAAGAAUGCUUGAUUUGCUACCCUUUGAAUGUUAUAUGGUGGAGUGGGUUUGAUGGGCUGGGAUGGUGGUGUGGUGGAUUGUGGGUUGGGAUGAGCAAGAGGGCUAGAUAGAUGUACGUUUGGAGAUUGUUCCAAGGGAAUUAUCAUCGAGUUCGGUAUAAGCGAUUCAUAUCUUAUUUUCAAAAGCGUUGGUAUUUUAGUCAUGCUGAUUGAGGAUCCAUUCAAUUCAGUUCAAUGGGUUUCGGGAUAUUAGGAUGGUAUUACUGAUACGAUCGGAUUAUUGUACACUUGGUUGCAUUGUUCGA